AAGGGUCCGGCUUUAGUAGUAUUCAGUAGUUAUCAGAACGAGUAGUUCUCAUCAGCCACAAGUAAACACAGAGAAUGAAUAUCAGCAUAGUUUUGGCUUUAUUUGUCGUCCUCUGCCUGACUAUGAUAUCUAGUCAGAGGGAUGACUGCGAUGCACUGCGACGCGCUUGCGAAAGUUGUUCGAGGAGUUUGAACAAUCGGGUGGAUCGUACCCUGCCCACAUUAAAUAGGGAGUGCAGGAGUAAGACUCGUACUACCUGGGUUUGGCGCGAUAUUAGCCGAUGCGAGCUUACCAGAUUAAACUGUCUAGGAGCCAAUCGUCGCUUGAACUGUGCAGAUAUAGCUGAACUUGCUAAUAUGCAACGUGUCAGGAACUGAGGAUUUAUUGACAAUUGAUAUGAUGAUUUAAAUUAAAAUUAAAAUAAAAUAUACAAGAGAGCAUUGGAGUAAAAA